AAUUACAAUGGCAGCUUUUUCCGGCGAAGGAAAUGUGUGUCAGCGGAAGUAAACAAGAAGCACAUUACGCGAAGUCGCAGCAGUUAUUUUGUUUGGGAUUUAUCAGAAAUGAACGGCCAAGCCGAAAUAGACGUGGACUACAAACGGAAAUACAAAAAUCUCAAGCGCAAAUUGAAAUUCCUGGUUUACGAGCAGGAAUGUUUUCAGGAGGAGCUGAGGAGAGCACAAAGGAAGCUGCUAAAGGUUUCUAGAGAUAAGAGUUUUCUGCUUGACAGAUUGUUACAGUAUGAGAGAGUUGAUGAAGACUCCUCUGACUCUGACGCCACAGCCUCUUCUGAAAACAGUGAGGGAGAGGGACAGAGAGAACGGGAAAGUGGAAAGAAGAGGAGGAGCAGCCCCAGCGUUCCGGCCCCUCCUCCUUCCUCAUCCCCCCAUCUUUCCCUCCUUUCUCACUCUGGAGUGAAUCCGCUUCAGUCGCCAGCGUCUGCACCGUACCUCAACACCCUACCCUUCCCCCCAGAGUAUUUGGCUCCCCAAGCUGAACGAGGCAAGAAAGAGAGAAAGGCAAAGACGACCAAACCAAAGAGAGACUCUGCGGGGAAGGUGGUGGGUCCCUCCGGCUCCAACUACCCGAGCGCGCCGCCCGCCCCCGCCGCCUCCAGCGCCCCCUUCAGCUGGGUGCCCCGGCAGAUGCUGAGCGGCGACGGGGCGGAGGAGGAGGGGGAGAGCGAGGGAGACAGCGACAGAGGGGAGGAGGAGAGGGGCGAGGGCGAGGAGGCCGAGCUGGUCAUCGACAUUCCCAACGAGUGAAGGGGACACCACGCAGGAAGAAGUUUGAAUCUUCUUUCUUUUUUUAUUCUGAAAAGUGAAAAUAGUACAUUUCUUAUUUUUAAGUAAAAAAAACGGAUCAAAUAAAUUGAUGUAAAUAGAAAA